AAAGUCCAAAACAAAAAUGUACACACAUUCAAGUCAGUCUGUAGAUUUUUCAUUCUCGAUUUACGUAUAAGAUUCGCGCGGCUUGCAUCGACGGUUCUUAUUUUCUUUUCAAAUUAUCGGUGGUUUCCAGCUCGGAUAAUCCUGUCCGAAAACGGUUCCGUUAAAUGUAUCGCGCGCGUGUGAUAUUUAGUUAUCUAGAAUGAAAGUCACCGUAAAAAGUUGGAUGGGAGUCGCCGUCUGGAAAUGGCUGGCCAACGAUGACAACUGCGGUAUCUGUCGGAUGGCCUUCGAGGGCUGCUGUCCGGAUUGCUCGCUGCCCGGUGACGAUUGUCCACUAGUGUGGGGCUCGUGUUCGCACUGUUUCCACAUGCACUGCAUCGUAAAGUGGCUCAACUCGCAGGCCAACCAGCAGUGCCCAAUGUGUCGCCAGACGUGGAAAUUCAACGACAAGUAAACCGGGAAAGGGGGACUACGGAAGGUGCAGGAGCAAGCAGCAGACCAAUCCCGAUUUGAAAGAAGUGAGACAGAAAAGCGGUGCAGUGUUCUCAGUGUCGGACAGUAUUGUAACAGUAUGUAAUAGCAGAAGUAAACUUGAUUGUUGAACCAGAACUCCGGAGUGAUCGAAAAAGUGUUGAAAGCGGCGAUUAGUUACGUUGACCGUGGGAGGACCAACUUAAGCUGGGAUUGGU